GGCUUCGACGCAGCGAUGGCGACCGCGGCUCCGAUGAUGCCGGUUCCCCGCGCGGAGCUGAAGCUGGUCCGGCUGCUGAGCCGCUGCGAGGCGCUGGCGGCCGACCGGCGCGGGCCGGACGAGUGGCGCCUGGAGAAGUACGUCUCUGCCCUGGAGGAGAUGCUCCUUGACCUCAAGAAACACUCCAGCAAACCUGCUCCUGAGGUGCUGAACGAAUAUUCCCGCAAAGUGGAUUUCCUGAAGGGGCUGCUGGAAGCAGACAAGCUGUCGUCAUCUUCCGAAAAGGCCCUGGCCAACCAGUUCCUGGCCCCCGGGAGGACCCCCACCACCACUAAGGAGAGGAUGCCGGCCACCAAGACGGUGCAUCUGCAGACCAAGGCCCGCUACACGGGCGAGAUGAGGAACGAGCUGCUUGGUACAGACCCCUCGCGCCUGCCUGAUCUGGAGGAGACGAGUCUGAGAAAACGCACGGGCCCCCUCCCGGAUGAGAAGCAGUCAGCCGCCGAGCUGGACGCCGUCCUGCAACACCACCACAGCAUCCAGGAGAAGCUGGCCGAGGAGAUGCUUCACCUGGCGCGCAACCUCAAGAACAACACUCUGGUGGCGCAGAACGUGAUCAAGCAAGACAACCAGACCCUGUCCCACUCGCUCAAGCUGGCUGACCACAACUUCGAAAAGCUGAAGGACGAGUCCGACCGCCUGGAGCAGCACGCCAAGAAGUCCGUCAACUGGCUCCUCUGGCUGAUGCUCAUCGUCGUCUGUUUCAUCUUCAUCAGCAUGAUCCUCUUCAUCCGCAUCUUCCCCAAGCUCAGGUGAUUCCUGAGGCUGCAGGCGGCAACCUGGCGGCUCCUCUGUUCGCCUCACGCCGUUG